AUUUACCCACCCCUUUCGGCGCUCCGUCCUUGGGGGCCGUCAGCCAGCCACGCGCUCCCUGGUCCCACCCCGUGGCGCGGUGCCAAGGGCAGGGCUGGCUAAGCGUGGUGCGGAUGGACUAGAGCGGGUCGUCGUCGUCGUCGUCCCCCCACGCCGGAGUCAGAAGAAGAAACUUUCCCGACCGCAAGAGCCAAAGCAGCGGAGGGGCAGCCCGCCUGUGCCUCGGCCUCUCCAUCCGCGCGUCAAGGUACCCAGAGCGCAGGGAGGCGAGGAGCCGCCAAGAUGAGUUUCCUCCUCUUCGCAGUCACUGCCCUCCACGUCCUCAUUCUCAUCUUACUUUUUGUAGCCACUCUGGACAAGUCUUGGUGGGUUUUGCCUGAUGACAAUACAGUUAACAUCUGGUAUGACUGCAUAUUUAAUAACGACACCCAGGUCUGGAGCUGCCAGUCAGUUUCUACAAGUGACUGGCUCUAUGCAGUACAGGCCUUCAUGGUUUUAAGCCUCCUCUUCUCCAGUGCCGCCUUCAUUAUCUUCAUGUGCCAGCUCUAUACCAUGAAGCGGGGAAGCCUGUUUUAUGCCACUGGAAUCUUCCAGAUCCUUACAGCCAUCUCCGUGUUCACCGCUGCCGUGAUCUACACAACCCACGUGGACGAGUUCCAGAAAAACCGACAGGCAGGCGGCUCCUUUGGCUACUGUUUUGUGCUGGCGUGGCUCUCCUUGCCCUUGGCUCUUAUCAGCGGAUUCAUUUACAUCCACCUUCGGAAAAAGGAGUAGCAGGCAACUCGGAGAUUGAUCUCUGUCUGUCCGGAAGUGAGCUUGUUCUCCUGGGAAUUAUGCUAUGUAUUAAAUCUUUGCUGUUUUUAAAGGCAAUUAUGGUACCAAAACAUACGUGAUGCCUGGCUCGAUCCACUAGGGUUACUGCACUGUCGAUGUGUCACCUCUUGUUUGUGUUUUAUCGUGCAUUUUGUGCAGUACAGCCACACAAAGGUGUGUCAUCUUGCACUAGGCAUCUCCUUGGCAUCUGAGAUACUGUCAUACACUAAGGCUGCAAUCCUGAGGGCAGUUUCCCGGAAGUAAGCCCCAUUAAAUAGUAUGAGACUUAC